AUGGAUCAAUUUAUUCCGGUACGACGCCGGAAGGACAAGGUGGUGAUAGUAAUGGGAGCCACCGGCACCGGAAAAUCAAGACUUUCGAUCGAUCUAGCCACCCGUUUCGAGGCCGAGAUUGUGAAUUCGGAUAAAAUGCAAGUUUACAAAGGCUUAAAUAUAGUAACUAAUAAAGUGACAGAAGAGGAAUGUAGGGGAAUCACUCACCAUUUGUUGGGAAUAGUGGAUCCUGAUGUGGACUUCGCAGCCGUCGAUUUCGUUCGUCGUGCCUCGACUGCUGUCGAUUCGAUUACGAGGAAAGGUAAGUUGCCGAUCAUUGCUGGAGGGUCUAAUUCUUACAUCAAGGCUUUGGUGAAUGAUGACAUGGAAUUCCAGUCCAAGUACGAAUGCUGUUUCCUAUGGGUCGACGUAUCAAUGCCCGUCCUUAAGAAAUUUGUAUCCAAAAGAGUCGAACAAAUGGUGGACGCUAAUUUGAUUGAUGAAGCAAGAGAAUUUUUCGACCCUGAAGGGAAUUAUACACGUGGGAUCAAACGUGCUAUUGGAGUACUAGAAUUGGAUGAAUUUUUUCGAAAUGAGUCAAUUCUUGACUAUGAAAUGAGGGCUAGGCUCCCUGAGGAUGCUAUCGAUAAAAUUAAGGCGAACACUUGCAAAUUGGCUUGUAACCAACUACAAAACAUUUUUAGGCUUCGAAAUCAAUUGGAGUGGCGCAUGUAUCAAUUUUACUUUUCUAGGGCUCAAAACGAAGGAAAAAUGAGAAAAAAUGGAGAGGAAAUAUAG